GAUUUCGAUGAAUGUGGAGGAAAUAAUAACCACUGCCACAAGAAUGCUGUCUGCACAAACACCAUCGGCUCCUAUAAGUGCCAUUGCCCCGUAGGAUAUGCUGGUGAUGGCUUGGCAUGCACAGGUAUCGUAUGCUCUGGAGCACCAAAUCUAUUUUUCCUUGAAACACUACCGGUAGUUUUAUUAACAAUACUUUUGGAAAAGAUAGGCUAAUAUUUUAAGGGUAGAACGAAAUGCUGUCCAGUAAAUACUUCAAAUUUUAAACAGUUGCUAGUUAAAAUUUCAGGUCACAAAUACAAAACGCUGAAAAACUAGAACAACAUUGUCUCCAACACAAAAAUCUUGUUACAGGACAAGCAUGGCUGACCCAAGGUCGCCGUAGUAGACGUGUGUAACCACAAACAAAAAAAAUAAAAUUGUUGAGCAACAAGAACAUUACAAAAAAAAGAACAUCAAGAGCUCGAUAAAAAAGUUUAGUCCAAAAAGGGCUCUGAUGGAAAGUAAAUUAGAAAGGCAGGGGCUCCAAGAACUUGUGUCGCAGACUUAAUCUCCUCUCGGUUAGUAACGUCUGCGGCGAGAUUCUUCAUCUAGACCCCAAACGGACUCAACGAAUUAUCGGCAGUGCGUUUUGAAUUUUACUUCAACAUGAUUGGCCAAUCGAGCAAUGGCUUAUUAACAAUCUAAUAAUGGCGCCUACUCAAAUCCUGGUACAUGUACACAGCUGGGAGCACAGAAAUCGGCGCUGGCUAGCAGACGGACUUCAUCAGAGGUUUUUGGUCUGUGGCGCAGGCUAGGGCUGUAAACGAAAUCAAACAAAAAUCAGGCAUUAUUGCUGACCGAGGAAAUUCUUGGCGAGCAGUUGUAAGCCGUUCGUGAUAGUACCUCGACAGCUGCAAGACAAAGAGUAUUGUCCAGCAGCGUUAAUAUGAACACCAUCAGGCCAAUAUGGGUCAUAGCUUGGUUAAAAAAACCGAUAUGUCGCCAACAGAAAACUUCCUCGUAUUCACUUAAAACGGAAAAAUUUAUUAUUCGACUGUGAGACCCCUGAUGCCGUGUUAAAGAACAUAAACAUUCCUCAAGAGGUAAAACGUCUCUGAAGCGCGCGGUCAAAAUUGCUCUUAAGGUUGAAAGCUUACCAACGCACAAAAGAAUGGCCUAUAACUAGAACUCAAAUAUUUCAAAGGUGGUAUCGGAAUUGUCAUAGCAACUAAAUGAUGCCAUACCUGUUUUACUUGCAGCCGUAUUCUCGGCAUUAGAACUGUUCUUCACAAAUCGUUCACGGGAACUUAAUUUUUCUUCCAAAAGCCGCCUCGAUGGUCGGGAAUUUUAAGCGAGAUCUAUGAUAGCGUUAUCGAGAUAUUGUGGGAUGAUGUUUUUAUAGUUAGAAAUAGGGUAAAAACAGAGCCUGCAAAGUAGUUUCCAAAGUGCGGGGGCCGAGCCACCUAUUUUGAAGUGGGGGGGGGGGGUGGACUUUUAUAAUGGUUUACCUGGUGCCGACUCAUUAUUUUUUAAUACAGUUCCAACCCAUCAAUCAUUUUUUAAAUAGUUUAUCGAACGAAAAAGGGGUUAGUAACAAAAAAAUGUGAGCAUGUACAGCAGCAUCAUAAUUUUGCGUGUUUCAUUCGCUUUCAAAGUUUGUCCUUUCUCUCCUUGCGGCUGUUUAGGGCCUUUUUUUAACCAUUGUUGAAGGGAGCCAUCUUUUUAACCUUCGAGCUGCCGAAAAGGACCUUUUUCUCCUGCUAUGGUUGCAGGAUUUACCAAACUUCUACCAUGUCAUCGAGUUCAAUUUGUUUUUAAGAAAUUGUAGCUCCGUGGAGAUUUAAGAACCUUGAUAGAGAAGACUCCAUAGUUUGUGCGUAUGCGACAUCACCUGGCUGGUGAAAACGCAGAAGUCUACGACUAAGUAUAGUUUUGUAAAGAUAGUCGUUUUGAAGCUUACCAUAGUGAUAGCGGAGCUCUAAGCGCAUAGCCCCAUAGCUAAGGAGUUGUGGUAAUCUACCAAUCCGAUAAAAUUUGGUAAUCAAGUGACCGUACAUGGAGCGAGCGAUCGAGCGACCGUCCGUCCACACCACAGGUAUACCAAUGUAAAAUAACUCAAUCAACAGGUAUGUCAACCCAAAUGCAACUCAAGGUUUUAUUUGGAAGGAAAGCACCUAGCCGCCCGGACUUUUAGAAGAAAAAACAGCAACAAAGUCUUGUCUUUUUCGGCGUUAUUUUUUAUGUUUACACUAAUUUGGACAAGAGAGAAAGUGCUAGAGCGAAUUAUUGAAAACAAAGGAGACGAAUUUCGUAGGAAGAAAAACAUGGAAAUUCAAAGCGGCGGUAAGAAAGUGAGAAAUGCUAGCGGCCAGCAAGGUGAAAAUGAGCGGCAAUAAAAAAUAAAAGCGAACAUGAACGCAGGAAACAAAACAUUGGGUAAGCACAUACUACAAUUCCUCCAUAAAAAUAAUGUGUAACUAGCAAGUUUGACGUUUUAGUCGUACGAAACAGCAUUGUAGUCGUGCAAAACAACGGCAAGGGAAAGACAAUUAGACGAAAAAGUGUGCUGCACGUUUAAUUUGUUUUUUUGCUAAUUAGUUCUAUUAGUCUUGAAGCCAUUUUCAUUGUCGUCCCCGUUUAGCAUUUUUUGUUUACACGUAUUAUUAACCAGAGCUUCGCUUUUAGCCCUGGCUAAAUCUAUUUAGUAUAUACUAAAACAGUGGAUUGGCUACUCAGUGACCAUCCUGCACUAUUCACUGAUUCACCUCCAGUUCCUCCGAGCGAGCGACGCCAAACUCGCGUAGGUUGAGAGCAAAAUGCUUUCCCGGUUUGCUGCCGUAACAAACUAAGAAAUUUCACAACUAAUCAAGCAAGCUAUUUCCGAAAAGAUGAAGAAGGUGAUUGAAGUUCGGUUUGGAAGUUUUAACAGGUGGAAGCUUUAUCUUUUUGAGGAAUAGUUAUCGAUAAAACGGCAAGUCCGGUGAAUGGGUUGUUUUUGUUUAAAAAUGCAAAUUAAGUCUUGCGUUACUUUCGUUUUGUUGAUUUGUUCAUAAAUAACGUCCAUUAAAACUAAAUUUAAUAACCUUUUUACAGAAUUAUUUUAAAUACAAACAGAAUUCACCACUUGAUUUUGAAGAAACUUGUAGCAGUGUAUAAACAAACGCCAGAACAAGGUUUUAUUUGAUCGCUAAGAAAAAGCGAACAUCCAUGUUUCGUUCGGUCAUCGCGCACGAAAAUUGUAAUCGUUGGCAACAGUAAAUGAGUUAAAAAUCAUCAUUUUUGUGCUCAAUUAUCUCACUGUUUUAGUAUAUACCAAAACAAUUAUUCACCUCAGUGUUGGUGGCUAGUAGUGGAUAUUUACCUCGCCCUGCGCAGGGCCCUGAAAAUCUGGACAAUCUUGACGUUGUGCCGUUAUCUUAAGAAAACGAAGCGCUUUUGAAUUAAUGCAGUUACAUCUCAUAGCAGUUUUAAUCUCUUUAAAAACGUGUAUGAAUGAAGAAGGAUUUAAAAUGACGGUUAAUCAUAAGAAUCUCAAAUUUUAAGAAUAACCUAGAAAACCAAAAUGUUCCCAAACCGCUAACAAGGGCGCCUAAUCAAAUACCUCUUUCUUGCAAUCGGCUAGAGCUAUCCCCAUGAUUAUUCACACUCGUUUUUAAAAAGAUUGAAACUGCUAUGAGUUAGAAUUGCAUUUCAAAAACGCUUCGUAACUACAGAUAACGGCGGAACAUCAAGGUUGUCGUCAUAGUAAUAUCGAUAUUACUAAAACUGCAUUAUGGUGAAAGUUUUUUAGCGAUCGGACGAGGAUAAAAUCACUUUUAAGGCGAUUAAAAAAUAUUGUUAUGGUCUCCUGAAAACUGUAUCCAAACACUUUAAAAUCCGCUGCUGAACGGACAAGAAUAUAAUGACUCAAACAUAAACUUGCUGACGGAUGUAAAAGCGUAGAGGGGUUAAAACUUAAUUUAAUUAUCUGCUCCUCACGCCCAGGCCUACUAGGGCUACUUAUUUGCAGGCAAAUAUUUCUUAUAUGCCAGAAGCUUUUGAAAAUUAAUUUAUGGUACUCUAAAUUUCUUGAAAAGGUAGUAAAAAGGUUUUUCUUUGCUUUAGAUAUCGAUGAGUGUUCUUCAGGUCACCAGUGUGACAGCAGUGCAACAUGUUACAAUGCAGAUGGAUCCUACACGUGCAUCUGUAACAACGGCUACACGGGAGAUGGACGAACCUGUCGAGGUACAAGCCAGGAGCACAUUUUAAUCGCCUUCUAACAAAAAGCCUUUACAAUACAACUGAUGUUUACUUAUGAGCAAAAAAAUUGAAAUCCGUCUCUUCUCAGUGGUCUAUUUAACUGUUUUUUGUGCCUCAGAAAGUGCACUUCUGUGAUAUUCGUUGACACAAAAAAGAUAUCGAGCAUAAUGAUAAAUCCUUAUUGUUUUCCAGAUGUUGAUGAAUGCUCACUCAACACCCAUGACUGUGACGCGCUUGCAAUCUGCACCAAUACAGAACGGUCAUUUACUUGCAAGUGCGACCUGAAUUCGCAUCACCUUGGCGAUGGAAAAACAUGCACUCCUCAUCGUAAGCCGAGCUUUUUUCAUUUAUUUAUUCAUUAAUAGCUUUCUACAGGGAGGGUGACCAGUUUGAUAACCGUUCAUUUCUAGUAUGUGGAAGGAGUAUAAGCAAACAGUAUAUGGCAUUUCAUCAACCGAUUUGGCUCAAAAUAACAACUUCCGCCUAUUCGUAAUGUCGAUCAUCUUGAUUAUGCUGUUCUCCAAGAAUGUGCAACUAAAGUAGUGUUUAAUAUAUUUCAAAUACACUAAAAGCAAGGUAGCAUGAUCGUUUUUGUCGUUUACCUGCCUAAUUAGUGACCACUAAAUGAUCUUGAAAGUGCUCCCUGGGGAUUAAGGGGUUGCAUUUAAACGCGGGUUAUUUAUUUUACCUCAUCUAAGCGGGUAACCUCAACUACCUGUGGUCCCCCACCUCUAUGUAAACAGACCUUAAAGGGGCUAUGUCACCCAACACGCAUGCGCGAGCCAAUGAAAACAAACUUGAAAAAGACAGCCCAACUUUUUCAAGUUGUGUCGGAGAUUUUGGAAGGCUGUUUUUAUCUGUCUAAAUCUCAGCCAUCGUUCGAUAGUUAGCGAAGUUUUGUAUUAAGAAUCAUUCUAUGGUGAUUACAAAACAAUUUUUUGGCGUUAUUUUAAAAUUGUUUGCCUGUGGAAUGUUUUUACGUGGAUUUACUGUGUCCUCUUAUCAGCGGCCGUUGUAAUGGCAGAGUUAAUGACGGCUACUCCACAAUGAGUGAUGGAAUCUUUGAUGGAAUCUUCCCUAUAGUUCACAGGACCUUUCUAUUGAGUUAUUUUAGAGGCUACUGGCUCUUGGAUUUUUCUUGUGCUCAAAGUAUGUGGACAUAUAAUGAAGCGGCUAUCGAGUUGGCGGCGGCCGUUUCUUGUAAACGAUUACAAGAGCAUCAGGCCAUGAGUUUCGUGACGAAACUAAACUCCUGGCGAAGGAAACAUUCUAAAAUUCGGCUAGAUUCCUUCUUGUAUUUAUCUCGAUUCACGGCAAAGAUAAACACGACCGUUUGCUCGUCCAGAUUGUUCUCAACGGACUUAGAGAGGCACCUUAGUACGAGUUAGAUCCUGUAAAUGCCAUGUUUUUGAACUGUUUGUGUUGGAGCAUAAUUUUGGAAAAUAGCAGAGUUUGCUUUCCCUUUUUAUCAACGGACUGCUUAUGGUGGAGUAGUAUACCAAUGAUGCUGGGUUUUUCUCGACGUCGCAGUGAUUCGGCACGAUCGAACAAUUUUGCGCGAUAAUGUAUGUUUCCCUAAGAUCAAAACAAAGACUUGGUCUCUUGUUCUAUCAGCAUCUAAAUUAUAAAAUCAAUAGCGACAGACAAGUCUAAUUGUUAAUGAUUUGAAACAGUCUUGGUCUUUAUCUUCGGUCUAGCGUCUUUUGUAGCUCGUUUGUAAAAUACAACUUCCAUUUAUUUUGUUGAAUAAGACAAUAUGUUGUUGUUGAAUUUUUGUUUGCGCUCUAUUUUAUGAAUGGCAUGCGUUUUUACUUGAAAACUACAAGUAAAGUUGUCGUCGAAAUUUUAUUCUUGAUCUAGCAUAACCAGAGAAGAAACGUUCCAUAAAUUCUAUCGAAAUAUCCCUUAUCUAAACCCAUUUCGCUAAACCUCUCUAAAUUCGGAACCUUGGACGUGACAGAGAACAUGAAGAAAGUCACGCGUUAAAAACAAUAGAAUUUUGACAGUUGAAAGUAAUUUGCAUAACCUCACAGCGCACAUGGAGAAAGUCACGCGUUAAAAACAAUAGAAUUUUGACAGUUGAAAGUAAUUUGCAUAACCUCAGAGCGCAUGCUCUCCAGCUGACAUAGCCCCUUUAAGGCACCCUCUGCUUAAUACGACUGCGGGCUCAGCUGAUCUGUGGUCAGAUUCACAUCGUUUCCAGAUUUAUUAGCAUACGACAUACCGGUGUUGCACGAAAUUUUUGCUGGUUCUAAUUUUUGCGAUUUUUCAGCGAUCCGCCAAAAAUCAGUUCCCGCAAAUAACAAUUACCGCAAACAUUUUUCCCGCAAAAAUUUACUCCAAAGUAAAUUUUUACUUUGAUAAUUUACUUUUUUUUUUCACUUUUUUAAUUUACCAAAGUAAAUUCGCUACCCAAAAAUCUAGUACUAAGAAAUUGUGUCUGUUCAAUUACAUGGGCAUACCGUAGUGUGUUUUAAAAAAUAUGUAUUUCUAUUACACUUACUUAACAAAAACGAAAAUAUGAUCAGUGAAAAUUAGGAGGAAUUAAUUUUUGACUUACCUCCUUUUCAGGUGGCCUUGGUGACUCCGUCAUUUUAGCAAACGAUGUCAGCAAGAUGACGCAACUAAAUAACUGGCUUCUUCCCCACUUGCAAAGUUCGGACAGAAGUUACUGGAAACUGUGUUUUAGAGCUUCCAUUCAUGGCUGGAGAUCACGAACCUUUCACAGCUACUGCGAUAACAAAGGUCCCACUGUAACCAUUGUUAGGGUCGGGAUCUAUAUUUUUGGAGGCUACAACGACAAUUCAUGGCAAUGUAAGUCCGUGAGAUAGCUAAGUUACAUACCAUUAAGGCUUCGACUAGUUGAAUUGAAUUAAAGCCGAGGGGUCGUUAACCCCAAAUAUGAAAGAAAGAAGAGAUGGAGCCUUAACUUGUGUUUUCGCUAGUAGUUCAAAACAACUCUAGUCUUAAAUUGAGUUUUGUUUAUCACUCGCAAUAAUUAUUGUGUAGUAACAGAAAACGUCGGCGUAAGAGAUUAAUCAAAUUCUCACAAGACAAUCUUACCUCAGGUCUGUUCUGUCGCACUUAAUCGUCGCACUUUGUAAAAAAAAAUUGUCGCACUUUGUAACAAAAAAGAUGUCGCACCUUGUAAUAACACUUGUCGUACUUUCAAUUGCCAACUUGAAAUGUGGAUCGAUGCUCGGAGGACAAGUAAACCCGAUGAUAAGUAUCAUCAUCGACAACAACAGCAAUGAUAAUUACUCAACUGAACUUUUUUCAGCU